AUGUCAUCAUUGGGAAUGUUGGUCGAGAGGCAUAACAGAGUCAUUUCAUUUUCCGAAAGCAUCGAAGACCUCUUCUCUUUUAUCGCAUUGAUGCAAGUUGUUUGGAAUACUUUAGUUAUUUGCUGUCUAGGAUUUGUCAUUGUGAUUUCUAUCCAUAAUGAAACUGGUGUCUUCGUGAUAAUAAAAACCUUUUUUGCUUACCUUGCCAUAACGACGGAAGCCUUCAUUAUUUGUUUUGCUGGAGAAUAUCUUAGCCACAAGGGCAAAUUAAUUGCCAGUGCAACAUACGGAACGUUAUGGUAUGACAUGCCGUCAAAUCAGAGUAAAAUUAUACUAUUCAUAAUAAUGAGAUCACAAAAACGACUUGCGAUCACAGCUGGAAAGAUGAUGGAUAUGUCAUUUGAAACUUUUACUAGUAUUAUGAAGGCGUCAGCAUCGUAUGUCUCCGUUUUAAUUGCUAUGUAUUAA